AUGGGUGGUGGUACAGCACCUUUGAGCUGCAGUCAGCAAAAAGGGGUAUUGGCACAGGAAUGUCACUUUGAGAAGUUCAACAAAUUUGGGAGUUCUUAUAUUGCAGCUUCAUAUGUGAAAUUUUUGGAAUCUGCCGGUGCCCGAGUUGUGCCAAUAAGGUUAAAUCUUUCAGAUGAAGAAUAUGAUAAAAUAUUCCACUCUAUUAAUGGGGUACUUUUUCCAGGAGGUGGUGUGGAUCUUAAGACUUCAGAAUAUUCCAGGGUUGCUAAGAUAUUUUACCACAAGGCAUUAGAGGCUAACGACAAAGGAGAUUAUUUCCCAGUGUGGGGAACCUGUCUUGGACAUGAAGAGCUUACGUAUCUCACAAGUAGUGAAGUUUUACUUGUUAACACCAAGACAAAUGGUUUUGCACUCCCUCUGAACUUUACUUCAGCUGCAAAAGACAGUAGACUAUUCAAGAACUUCCCUGAUGAUGUGUUACAUGCAUUUGCUACUGAACCAUUGACAUCAAACUUCCAUGUGUGGAGCCUCUCCAUGGAGAAUUUCACAAAGAACGAAAAGCUUCGUAACUUCUAUAAUGUUCUGACCACUAACACGGAUGGUGAAGUGGAGUUUAUAUCUACCAUGGAAGCCUAUAAAUAUCCAGUUUAUGGUGUCCAGUGGCAUCCAGAGAAAAGUCCUUUUGAGUGGAAGAGUUCACCAGGCAUUCCACAUUCCCCAUCAGCUGUAAGAGCAUCAUAUUAUAUGGCUGACUUCUUCAUUAAUGAAGCCCGGAAGAGCUUUCACCGUUUCCCCAAUGAAGAUGAGGAAACAAAAGAAUUGAUUUAUAAUUAUGCUCCAAUAUAUACAGGAACAUUUUCUUCAUUCCAGCAAAUCUAUUUUUUUGAUUGAGUGUUGUGUCAAAGAUGCAGUGUUGCUAUUUAUAAGUGGAAUUAUUUGCCAGCAUUGCAUAAUUAAACUGAUAGAAUGCACUGCAUGUGACAGAAAGACAGAACAAUUCUCUUCCUUUAAAAUUAUUAAUCUUGUGUUUCUUCUUCACUGUUGGACCAUUAAUAUAAAAAUUUACUUUGUUCCUGGAUCA